UCAUGUUUAUCUGAACAAGGGAAAGAUCUGAUAUGGCCUCAUCCAAAAGUAGUAAAACUUACAAAAAGACCUCUGCAGGGCAACAUAGUAACGUGCAAGAAUCUGUGUCACCAUUUCACUUCGUUGAGGAAUCACACAGAUUCCAACUUUUUUUUUCCCCUAACAGUUUACAUAUCAACGUGGGACACAAAUGAGUAUUGGGGGUGGACCCGAGUGAAAAUACAAAGUCCACUGGCACAAGCCAAAGAAAAAUGGGAAACCUUGUCAUUCUCAUCCAUUUCUUGGUCUUCACUCAGAGUCCACUCAAAGGGGGUUAGGAUUCCAUAUUGGGCGUGGGGCAGAAGUCGUGUUUUGCUGUUUGCCAAUUUCACUUCUUGGUUCUGUGAAUUGUAGAUCUCCCACUUGUUGCUGAAUCUUAAUGAGUAUCUGAUUUCUUUUUUUCUUUUUUUUUUCUCCUUCUUUCAAGAGAUUUUCUUUUUACUUGUGAAUCACAUACUGUUCCUAUUCUUGACCAUUCACUCAUUUGGCUUCUUGUUGCUAUUUCUAGUCAUGUGGGUGUGGGAUUGUCUGAUUAUUGACUUCCACAGAUCCCAACAGCUUCUACCAUUUCGUGGAAAUUCUUGAUAUUGGGCUCUUUUUACCUAUUUUACAUUCUCCAUUGUUGAGUUGCCACGAAAGCUUAUGCUUAUAUGAUGUCUCUUUGAAUUGGGAUUUCUUGUUUAAGGUUGACUUUGACAGUAAUGAUCUGAGGGCUUGUCAUCCAAACAUGAAUCUUGAUCUGGGCAUUUCUUUUGGCUGGUUCUUCUUUUACAGUUCAUCUAUAUAGUUGACAUUGCUGAGAACUUGGCCUGAAUAAAUAGGAGUGUUUGAUAUGUUUGGCUCAGGCAUGAAUCUGAUUACAACAAUUAUUGGGUUUGGGAUGAGUGCAACUUUCAUUGUCUUUGUUUGUACUAGACUGAUUUGUGGGAGGCUCCGCCGGAUUGAGGAGCGGCAAAUGUUCGAGAUCGACUCAAGAAUUGAUCUUGAGCUGCCAGAACAUCAGAUUAACGGUCUUGAACCAGUUGUAGUUGCUGCAAUUCCCACAAUGAAGUUCAGCCGUGAAGCAUUCAGUUCAAUGGAAGAUGCGCAAUGUACCAUAUGUUUGGCAGAAUACCAAGAGAAAGAAGUCUUGAGAAUAAUGCCAAAAUGCGGCCACAGUUUUCACCUGUCUUGCAUCGACGUAUGGCUGAGGAAACAGUCGACAUGUCCAGUAUGCCGUCUCUCAGUACACGACUCUGUUGAAAGAAAGCACGUCACUUCAGCUACUCUCUCUACGGCCGAAUCAUUUGACAGUUCUGAGAUUACACUUGAGCAUUCCCAGCAAUGGCUGCUCCCAACGUUUGCACGUGCAGAGGGUAAUGAAAGCAGCCAAAUACAUGCAGAUUCCAUUUCCAUUGAAGUGGACUCUGGUGUUUCUAGAGAAGCGUCAUUAAGGCCAUCGUCGUAAGAGCAACAAGAUCAAGAUUUUAAGCGGCUGAAAUUUCACAAAGAAGAAGAUUCUAUAGAGCGUCUGUAUAUAAAUUUUGGAGUAUGGUUUUUCCAUCAUUUUUUUUUUCGAUUUUUAAGGUUGAAUUCUUGAAGGGCUUAAUCAUAUAAUGCUGAAAUUAUUACACAUCAGAAUUCUUUCUACCAGAUACAUGGAUUUUGAGA